CGGAAGCGGCUCGCGUCUGUCAGUGAUAUUUCGCCUUUAAAGGCGCAUUAAAACAGCGGCUGAAGUGCAGACAGAACCCGAGAAGAGCAGCAACAGAACUAGCACAACAAUCUCAUCUUCAUUUCUGACAGAGACAUAAAGACAGGAACGCGCGCGUCAGGGUUCUCAGCCAGCUGUGCGUCCGGACAGAAGACUCGACGCUGCUCUCAUAUGCAGUCCGACUGGAUCUUUAUGAAGCUUUCAAGGCCUUUUGAUUGAUCGGUUGCUCCAUGGGGAUUCUCCGGUGCUUUCCGUCUGGUUUCUCCUGCUCUUCACCCCUCGGCCUGCCCUCCACCCUCUACAACACCUCCUCCAUACAAAUCAUGAAACUGGUAUUAACUGAAUGGCAAUUGAUAUGGAUUUUUACUGUUUCCAGUAGACAGUAAACAAACUUGCACCACACUCACACACACCAUUACAUGCACGUCCACCCACACACACACACACACACAUACACACACACACACACUCACACACAUCACGUCAGUGGGAGUGACCUCAUGGUAGAGUCAUAUCCUCCCCAACUGUCCGAACCAAAUCCCCCAACACGGUCCGUCCCAGGGCUCCUGCAAGCGGCCUUCAUCAAACGGCACAUUUCGGGAUGUUUUACGCUCCUUGAGUCCAAUCCACGGCAGAUUUCCUUUACAGAAGGACGUCCACGAGAAGCGGUGCGUUGCUGUUGGCUUUAUUUUUCCUAGAUAUUUAUUUAGCGAGUUAUUUGCGUGGAGCCACACGUGACCUCUGCUCCGAGUGCAUGCGGACGACGAUGGCCCCACAGAACACCGAGGCCGACGCUGUGCAGAUGCAGGCCGCUGUGGUGACACCUGUGGAGAAACGGGCUGGAGGAGGCGGGGCUAAUGGAGUGGGCGGGGCUGGAGGGCGGGAUUUGGAGAGUCAGGAGGAGUCGGUCAGCGAGGGAUCUAUCGACCGCAUCCCUCUGCGUCAGUGGGUCAUGCACGGCGCUGUCAUGUUCGGACGAGAGUUCUGCUACGCCAUGGAGACGGCGCUGGUCACACCUGUACUGCUGCAGAUAGGUCUUCCAGAGCAAUACUACAGCCUGACGUGGUUCCUGAGCCCCAUCCUGGGUCUGAUCUUCACGCCUCUGAUCGGCUCGGCCAGUGACCGUUGUACGCUGCGCUGGGGCCGCAGACGGCCCUUCAUCCUGGCACUGUGUGUGGGCGUCCUGCUGGGCGUCGCGCUCUUCCUCAACGGCUCGCUGAUAGGCCUUGCUUUAGGAGACGUGCCAAACAACCAGCCGAUAGGAAUCGUGAUGACCGUUUUGGGGGUGGUGGUGCUGGAUUUCUGUGCGGAUGCGACGGAGGGUCCCAUACGAGCGUAUCUGCUGGAUGUGGCCGACACUGAGGAACAGGACAUGGCCCUCAACAUCCACGCCUUCUCUGCAGGGCUCGGAGGGGCGGUUGGUUAUGCCCUCGGGGGUCUUGACUGGACGCACACAUUCUUGGGUCGAACCUUCAAGUCUCAAGAGCAAAUUCUGUUCCUGUUCGCCACGGUUCUGUUCACCGUUUCUGUGGCUCUGCACCUGUUCAGCAUCGAGGAGCAGCAGUUCAGCCCUCAACAGGACCGUCUGGAUGAAGAGGCAGAAACCGAAUCCACUGUUAAAAUCACAGCGCACCAACCCCAGCUCGAAAUGAUCCAUGAAGAAGAGUCUUACGAGCAUUACGACCUCUACUCGGACCGGCGAUCAGAGCGAGAGCUGGACAUGGACUCGUUAGACGUGGACAUCGUUCGAAGUAAAAGUGACUCUGUUUUGGCGAUGGCUGAUGCCACGCUGGACCACCACGACAUGCUGUUUCUGCGUGAAAUCGAGCCGUCGAUCUUCCAAGAUCGCAUUUCUUCCUAUCAUGGGUCGCUGCCACGGCGCAGCAGCAGUGUAGAUAGUCAAGAGUUCCUGCGCGGGAAAUUCAGCCGACUGUCUGCGUUUCUGCAGCAGACCGAACGUGACGGAGAAGAAGCUCUGCUUAACAGUCAGCUCAACCAAUCCAAAGCACCCAACGGACAUACGACGGACCUCAACGGCCACGGGCCGCCCAGUAUCAAAGCCUCCAGCACCAAUGCAUCCAUGCGCCACAGACGUCACACUUUCUACCGACAGUCGUCCUGCACCUUCUCCUACUACGGCCGGGUCGGAUCCCACCGCUACCGUUACCGGCGUGCCAACGCUGCGUUCCUCAUCAAACCGUCCCGCAGCAUGAACGACAUCUACGAGAUAGAGAAGCGGCAGAAACAGAGGAAAGGACAGAGAACGAGGCACCAGAGCGGGAACACCAACUCCAGCGGGGACACGGAGAGCGAGGAGGGCGAGGCCGAGACCACCGUCCGUCUGCUCUGGAUGUCCAUGCUGAAGAUGCCCAAAGAGCUGUUGAGACUGUGCGUGUGUCAUCUGGUCACGUGGUUCUCCGUCAUCGCAGAGGCCGUGUUUUACACCGACUUCAUGGGGCAGGUCAUCUAUGAAGGCGACCCAACGGCUCCGCUGAACUCCACCGCCCUUCAUAACUACCACAGAGGGGUUCAGAUGGGCUGCUGGGGGCUGGUGAUCUACGCCACCACCGCCGCCAUCUGUUCAGCUGUACUGCAGAAGUAUCUGGAUAACUUUGGCCUCAGCAUAAAGGUGAUCUACAUCCUGGGCACUCUGGGCUUCGCCAUCGGUACGGCUGUCAUGGCCAUCUUCCCCAACGUCUACGUCUCAAUGGUGAUGAUCAGCAGCAUGGGCAUCAUCUCCAUGAGCAUCUCAUACUGUCCGUACGCUCUGCUGGGCCAGUAUCACGAUAAUAAAGAGUACGUCCAGCACAGCCCCGGCAACUCCAAGCGAGGUUUCGGCAUCGACUGCGCCAUCCUGUCGUGUCAGGUGUACAUCUCUCAGAUCCUGGUGGCGUCUGCGCUGGGUGCCGUGGUGGACGCGGUGGGCAGCGUGCGGGUCAUUCCCAUGGUGGCCUCCGGCGGCUCCUUCCUGGGCUUCCUGUCCGCCUCCUUCCUCGUCAUCUACCCGGGCUCCGGCGGAGAGGCUGAGCAGACGCGGGCGCUGACGUCCCCCAAUAACAACGGCGUGACCGAGAAGCCCAGCUUCCUCAAGCUCACACGCAAAGGCGGAGCCACCACCACCUGCAAAGUGGAGUGUGAAUCCACGCUGUGAAAGCCAUCGGAUGACGGCGAACAUCUAAUGCCGAGUUCACACUGCAGCAUUUUAGACACUAAGUUCACUCCCAGACAGGCUUUGCAAAAUCAAUUGCCCAAAAUCGGAGGUGGUCGUUCAAGCAAGUGACAAUUAUCAAAGAUGCAAUCAGAGAAUCGCAGACGCCCGUGAAAUAUUUAACAUGCUACACUAGGGUUGCACGAGUAAUCGAAUGUGAUAGUCAUUAGUUGUAAAUCUCCAGCACGUGCUUUCAGAUGGAGUGGCAUUUAAUACACAGAGCCGUAAUAUUGCAUUCAUCACCGCAGAUGAUUUAAUCAUGCGGUAAUGAAAUGGAAGUAAUAAUUUGUGAUAAUAAAAGCUGUUUGCAGUGAACUACGGCUCUUUGUAGUUAAUGCUGCUCCAUCUGAAAACACGUGAAAAUACCACAUUUAAUACCAGGUUUUUAAUCCAAACUCACUUCAUAACGUCCGUCGAGUGUUUGAAAGAAAUCUCGAUGCAAUAGAAGAAACAUUUUUGGUUCCACAAAGAACCAUUCAGUCAAAGGUUCUCUCUUUCUAUCCUUUUUAUAAUCUGAAGAACCUUCUCUUGCCACAAAGAGCCUUUUGUGAAACAGAAAGGAACCAUGGGAGACAAAAAAGGUUCUUCUUAUGGCAUCGAGAAGCACUUAUUUUUAAGAGCGUAAAUAUCUAGAUCUGUGAAAUGAGUUCUGACUUAAUAAUAUAUCAACGGUGACGUACAGCCAAUGAGAGAGCAGGAUACAGGGCAGGGAGGAGUUAUGAACAUUAAAUGUAGUUCUGAGAUUCUUUCUAAUAUUGAAGUCAUGCAGAUUGUAACCUCCUGUCACCGAUCCAUCGUGCAGUGUGAAAGCAACAGUGAUCCAGUCAGUGUGAACUCGGCAUAACAUUCCCCAGACGUUUCUUCACUCACUGAAGGCUCAGUUGUGUUGUUUUGUUGGACUGUCCGUGUUUGGCCUGGUGUUGUGGGUCUCAGGGCUGCUUCUCAGGGCCACCAGGGGGCGACUCUGGGCUGAACUCUUCAGGAGAGAGAGAGAGAGAGAGAGAGAGAGAGAGAGAGAGGCUUGGCUGGGUCUCUCUCUCUCUCAAUCACAUGCUCUUCACUUGCACACUUCCACUCGAAGCUCAUCCUCAACAAAUCUAAUGUAGAGAAUCUUUAAUAUAAGUUAAUGGCUCGAAAACUUGAUCCUUUCCUAUUUUUUAAACAGAGGACAUCAUGAUUACCAAAAGUUGCCCAGUGCAAUAAUAAUAUCUGUUUCAUUGUGAAGGCUUUAUUUUAGUCGUGUUAUGCUGGUGAAAGGGUGAAUCUCACGAAUAAACGUCAUAUUUCAUAUUUCACAGAAAAUAUGGGAAUUUCUACUUGCAUUUGCAGAAAAUUAUGGAUUUUUUUGGAACUGAAUUUCAACAUUAUUUUCAUGACAAUCCUUGCUGGCAAUGGAAACAAAAAAAGAAGUGUUUUUUUUUAUCAAACAAAUUAACAUUUAAAAAAAACAUUUACAUAAAAAAUGUUACAUAUUUAAUCAGCUAGAAAAUGAAAUUGCAAUGCCUAUAAAUAAAGUCUAUAAUCAUAAACAAUAGGAAAUGCAUUAGUCACAUGAUCUAGGAAAUUGUAAUUUAAAAUUUGCAUACAUUAAAAGUAGUAAAACAAUACUACCAUUAUAUAAAACAUUCAUAUUGUACUCUACAAACUGUAUAAAAUUAUGUAGAUAUUUUGUAAUAUGUAUACAUUUGAAAAAAAUCUCUUUUAUUGCUUUACAGUUGUGAAUAAUUGUUUAAUCGCCAUGAAAAUAUAAUGACAAUUAUUGCUCCAAAUUAAUGCUCCAAAAAAAGAAAUGUUUCCUUCGUUUUCUUCAUGAAAAAUAUAAUUUCUUAUUUCUUUAAUUAAAAAACAACAACAAUGGAGGUGAAAAAUUACACGUUUUUAUGUUUGUUUUUAUAUUUUUAUGUCAAGAAGAAUACGAGAAACUCUUUUUGAAAAUGAAAGAUAGUAGAAGAAAAGCUUAUUAGUCACAAUCUGAAGUGAAUAUAAUUUUUUUUAAUUUAAAUAUUUCAU